UAUAAAUACGGCUUCCCCGGCUCUUUGUGGAACCGCGAGCUCGGCGGAGAGUGGGGCGCGCCGUCUGCAAUCCGACGCCUCUGUCCGCGGGGCCGUCACUGGAAGGCGGACCCGCGAACGCCCAUUACCCGUGCUAUCUUCACUCGGGACGCAGUGACCCUUUCCAAAUCACAAGGGCGUGGGUCAGCCUCCUUCCUCUAGGACUUCAUGUCUGUAUAUUUCCCCAUUCACUGCUCUGACUAUCUGAGAUCAGCCAAGAUGACUGAGGUGAUGAUGAACACCCCAUCCAUGGAGGAGAUUGGCCUCAAGCCCCGGAAGGACGGCCUUUCCUAUCAGGCCAUGGGAUAUUUGAGUGAUACCAAUGGAGGAAGAUGGAGAGAUCCAGAAGAGUGCAGACUCUGUUUCCUCAAGAGGCCAUUGAGGAUCUUCCCCGACCCAUCAGACUUCGACCGCUGCUGCAAGCUGAAGGACCGCCUCCCCUCCAUAGUUGUGGAGCCCACAGAGGGGGAGGUGGAGAGUGGGGAGCUCCGGUGGCCUCCUGAGGAGUUUUUGGUCCAGGAGGAUGAGCAGGACAACUGUGAUGAGACGGUGAAAGAGAACAAGGAGCAGUAGAAUCCUGCGGGCUUUCUGAGGUCAUGCCAGCUAGCAUCUGGACUUGAACUGUGUUUUUCCCAUCAUGAUGG